UAAUCGAUCAGACUACUAGAAAGUUUCCUCGAGUGACAAGAUGGUGUUGCGUGCGCUUAGUGUAUUCAGCAUCGUAGUGUUUGCAUUAUGUGUGGCAGAAAAACUCAAUCUUCCUGUGCCCAUUUGCAAACGCGAAGAAACUAACUACACUACUUGCUUACUACGUGCGAUCAAAAAAAGCUGGCCGCUUUUUAUAAAAGGUCUUCCUGCUGAAUUUGACUUUCCUCCUUUGGAUCCAUACUUUCACGAAUAUCAAAAAGGUGUAUUUGAUAGUGGUAUAAUAUAUGGAGAAGUAAUCGUGUCAAAUAUGACUGCAACGGGUUUAAGAAAGACACGUUUCUUGGCUAUAAGACCACAGUUCAGCGAUGACGCUUUUCGUUUGGAGGCCGACUUGUACAUGCCAGAAUUAUUCUGUGAAGGUACUUGCGAAGCACAAGGUAAUAUAGGUGGAUUUCGGAUGGGUGGCAAAGGAAAUUUUAACUUAACCAUAGGAGGUAUCGAAUCAUUAUGGGUUAUAUCAGGACCCGUAGAGAAUGAUACAUGGAUAAUAAAUCAUUUUAAUAUAUUUCCGAAACCUAAAAGCAUGAAGAUAUACAUAAAUAACUUAUUUGAAGGCAAUCGAGAAUUGAAUGAAAUUGCCACAGAUUUCGUGAAUGAAUACUGGCCGGCGCUAUAUCGUAUAAUGUUGCCAAUAGUGGCAGAGGGAUGGGAUGAAUAUUUUAAAGAUUUAGUCGGAGGCUUGUUAGCAAAACUAUCAUUCUCGCAAAUAUUUCCGUAGAAUAUGAACAUUCAAUAAAACAUUAAAAAAAGGAAAUUGAAUUUACGCACAAAAUUAGAGGCAUAUUUAAUGUUGUAUGCAGAAAAGCUAUAACAAGAAUUAAAAGAUAGCAAGAAAUUUAUAUUAAAUGCAACUGAUAAUUCUCUGACACUUUAUGCACAUAAAGUUGCGUGCAAUUCUUUGUGAUAUGCAGUAUUAGCAUCCUCAAUUCCUAAAAAAAAAAAGAGGAAAACAGAGAUUUGUGUAAAACCAUGUUAUAAAAAAUUGCCCGCAUUUUUUCAUUCUAGAGACUUCUGGUUCUACUAACUGUUUGUAUUUUUUAUUUAACAUUGACGGUGGGAUGAAUAAAAAUUUUACAUUGUGUCGUCACCUUUAAAAAAUGUGUGCGUAAAUUCGAUCGAAUUUAUUUAUUUAAUAGUUAGAAAUAUAUCAUAGAAAUAUAUUUCAAUAUGCCACCCUUUAUUCGUGAAAAGCGCAAAGUGCCUUGCUGUUAAAAUGAUUGUAAAUACAAAUAUAUGUCUCUAUAUAUAUGACAUAACCUAUUUUAGAUCGCAUUUUGUACAUGCGUCUCGCGAAUUCCUUCUCUAUAUUAUAUAUAUUUUGUAAGCAUUUGGUAGUAGCAAAAAUAACAAUACAAGCUUGGCACGUUUCAUUCGUUAA